AUGGGGACCGUUAGUGAGCUGUGUGCGUCCAGUUUCCAGGCUUUUCUCUGUCCUACAGUACGAGCAGGGGCACCUGCUACAGCCUCAGUGCCCGAUGACCUCAGUCCGGAGGAGCGACAGGAGCUGGAGAGCAUCCGCCGCCGGAAACAAGAGCUGCUGCAGGACAUCCAAAGGCUGAAGGAUGAGAUAGCAGAUGUGACCAAUGAGAUUGAAAACCUGGGCCUGACUGAAGAGAGGAAAAGCAUGCAGAGGAAUAAGCAGAUGGCCAUGGGCCGAAAGAAGUUUAACAUGGAUCCCACAAAGGGAAUUCGCUUCCUGAUCGACAGCUCCCUGCUGAAGAACACCAGCGAAGACAUCGCCCAGUUUCUCUACAAGGGGGAGGGGCUUAAUAAGACGGCCAUUGGCGACUACCUCGGUGAGAGAGAUGACUUCAACAUCAAGGUUCUGCACGCCUUCCUGGAACUGCACGAGUUCACGGACCUGAACCUGGUCCAGGCCCUCCGGCAGUUCCUGUGGAGCUUCAGGCUGCCGGGCGAGGCCCAGAAGAUCGACCGCAUGAUGGAGGCCUUCGCCCAGCGCUACUGCCACUGCAACCCCGGAGUGUUUCAGAGCACGGACACCUGUUAUGUGUUGUCCUUUGCUGUGAUCAUGUUGAACACCAGUCUGCACAACCCCAAUGUGAAGGACAAGCCGUCGGUUCAGAGAUUUACCGCCAUGAACCGAGGAAUCAACGACGGGGGGGACCUGCCGGAGGACCUGCUCAGAAACCUGUACGACAGCAUCAAGAACGAGCCCUUCAAGAUCCCGGAGGACGACGGGAACGACCUCACGCACACCUUCUUUAACCCCGACAGGGAGGGCUGGCUGCUGAAACUGGGUAUGCCACAGCUCACCUGUGAUCUGCCCUCAGGUGGACGAGUGAAGACCUGGAAGAGACGCUGGUUCAUCCUCACCGAUAACUGUUUGUACUACUUUGAAUACACCACUGACAAGGAACCCAGAGGGAUAAUUCCACUGGAGAAUCUGAGUAUCAGGGAAGUUGAGGACUCAAAGAAACCGAACUGCUUCGAGCUCUUUAUUCCCAACCACAAAGACCAGGUGAUCAAGGCCUGUAAGACGGAGGCGGACGGCCGCGUGGUGGAGGGAAACCACACCUUCUACCGGAUCUCCGCUCCCACCGCCGAGGAGAAGGACGAGUGGAUCAACAGCAUCAAGGCCGCCAUCAGCAAAGACCCCUUCUACGAAAUGCUGGCCGCUCGGAAGAAGAAGGUCUCCACUCUGAAGGGGCUGUAGACGGUUCAGGCAGCGCAGGCCAGCUGCAGGACCCGGACCCCGACCCGGACCCAGAACCAGACUCCAGCUCACCAAAAGGCUCCUUUUUUUUGUUAUUCUACGAACGACGGCCCGUCUGCAGUGGUUUGACUUCGGAUUUAGGCAGAGGAAGCCGGCGGUGAGCUCAGUUUGCUUCUGCUGUUGCUGAAAUCUGCAGAACUGACUUUUUCCACGCAUGGAGUAUCUCCAUUUCUCACACAGGGGAAAAAAAAAAAAAAAAA